AUGCCAAAUAUUGUUAACAGUUUACCACUGACAAUGGACGAUUUAUGCGACACGCUUAAAGUAAUAUUUAUUGGUGCACGUCCUCCUCAACGCAUUCAACUUAAGAGAGUUCUUACAGUCCGAAAGAAAAAAAUCGCCGAAGCUCUUUAUUGGUUAAAAAAAUACAAUAGACUUUAUAAGGACGUCGACAUAAAUGAAGAUAAUAUCAUGCAAUUGCCAGAAGACGAUAUACCAGAAUCCAUCAUUGCCGUUCUUGAUGUAAAGGGUUCAUUGGUAUCGUUGGAUGAAAUUAAUAAUUACGUUUUAACAAAGGUAAAGAAUGGCGGAACAGAUAAUCAAAUCGACGUCGACAACGUCUACUUAAUUCCGCAUUCUUCGAAACUUGUUAAUGAAUAUUUUAACCCAAAACUAUUAGCAGGUCUCUAUCCGACUUUGUUUUGUUAUGGGUGCGAUGCACCUGAAGAUCAAUCAAAGCCAAUCAAAAUAAGCGUUCGAGAACAUAUUCGUUAUUUGUUAUCAUAUGAUGACCGACGUUUUGAAACGAAUCAUAGUUUGAUUUUUUUAGUCUUUAACAUAUUACAAAGACGUGAUGCAUGUCUUCAUGCUCAACUUAUAGCAACGAAACCUUAUUUUCGAUCAUCGACCCAGGAAGUUCAAUCAUUAAGCAGCGCUGAUAUUGGAACAGCUCUGAAGAAUAUUUCUACAAGAACAUAUGACAAGCAUUCUAACAAGGGAUUCGGCAAACUACUAAAUCAUAUCAAAACAAUCGGUGGCCGCGUCAUGGGCUCAGCACAUUCACGUACAGCAUUACGCACACAUACCCAUGCAUUAAUUUUCAAUCAAGGACUACCAAGUAUUUUCUUAACUCUCAAUCCGGCUGAUAUUCAUAGUCCCGUCGCAUUAUAUUUUGCCGGCGUCAAACUUGAUCUCGACAAUGUUCAAAGAGAACAACUUAUGGAUACAUACAGACGUGCCAAAAUCAUAACUUCUCAUCCUGUUGCGACAGCUAAAUUCUUUCAUACGUUGAUUUCCAAUAUCUUAGNUCCAAGCAGAACAACUUAUGGAUAUGUCACAGUUGACAUGAGAAUUCAGUUGAAAUUGGAAUGCGCGAAAAAAAAAUAUUAG